UUUUGUUUCGUUUGCCCCUUACAGGGAGAUUGCUUUCACCAGGCAGCUGCAGAAACAGUCCCCCAAGCUGUGCUACUACUACCUGGGCUUUUACAUUCACUCCUGCCCCAAGAUGCGUUAUAAGGGACAGUACCGGCCCGCUGACCUCCUCUGCCCAGAAACCUACGCGUGGGUGUCGAUAGAGCGAUGCGUGCCUCUGCUCGACAGCUCCCGCUAUGCUCGUCUGAAUCAGGAUCCUGAUGCAGGUGACGCUCGAGCGCUCAAUGAUGUGGGCAGAGCUCUGGUGCUGCACCGGCGCGCCGUCAUGCCCUACGUCGUCUACAGCCUCAAACGUAAGGGCCCCAGCGACGAGGCCGAGGUGAAGCAGUACGCCAGCCUGGUGGGCCAGGACUGCGCGGAACGGAUCCUGCUCUACCGCUCCUGAAGGAGGGGCGUCGUACCUCAAACCCCACCCCCCUUUCCCUUUUAGCUUGCGUGCAAAUACACAUGGCCCAGAAGUAUCGUCUGUUUGCUUCGUCCCUAAAAGUGCUCUCUGCUGCAGCCUCCCUAUGCUUACCUCCUCACGAGCAGCAACAAUGCAGCUGCUGCAGCCACGAUGCGGCUGCUGCAGCAACAACGAUGCAGCU